AUGUUUUACUUCAUGACAGAGAAACUGCACUUUGAACCGGAACUGUUUGGAAGAUUUGCAGCAGUUCAGGCUAUUGCAAAUAUCGUAGGGAUUUAUUGUUAUUCCAAAUUCUGCAAACAACUAAAUGUGCGAAAGCUCUACGUAACCACAACAUAUUUGGUGACUUUAUUUUGCCUUAUGAGCGUCGUAUUGGUUAAGCGUUGGAACGUUAAUAUGGGUAUUCCAGACGUUGCAUUUAUCCUUACAGAUGACUCUAUUCUGGAGUUCUUUAACGAGAUCCAUGCACUUCCAAUAUUAGUUUUGAGCGUACGCCUAUGUCCGCAGGGAAUAGAAUCGAGUAUGUAUUCGUUGUUGUGGACCGUUCAACUCAUGGGAAUCAACGUAAGUACGUACAUCUCGGCCAUAUGUACAUAUCUGCUCGGAGUGAAUAACAAAAAUUUUGAUGGGUUAGUCCCACUUAUUGUCAUUUGUUCGCUCUUGCAUCUGGCGCCAGUUUUUUUCGUAUGGAUGAUUCCAGAGGAACUACCCGAAGAGAACGUCCAAGAAAAGAACCCUGAAAUGGAGUUGUAUAUACCUUGA